GCUAUUAUUAAAUUUAAGCUCUCAAAUAACAACACUUCAUCUAUAUUAAUACAAUAAGAUAACACCAAAUGCCUCAUAUAUACAUAACAUUAUUAUCUAUCACUUACUAUUAAACCACAAACAUUCCACCCCACAAAUAUAAAAGGAGACCUCAGCCAAGCAUAUAUUCCAAUGCCUUAUAUAAAACCAACAACAAUAUCGUCAGCUCUCUCUCUCUCUCUAUAUACACACACACACACACACACAUGAUGUCUUGUGACGAUAGCAGUUCAAGAUCCGCGGCAUCAUCAUCAUCAGCAACGUCAACAACAUCAGAAACGGAUACUUCAACGACGAUGGCGAUCGGUAGUCCAACUCCGAGAAAUAAUAACAAUAACAGUAAUAUUCAAAUGGUUUCGAAAUCGGUAUCGGAAAGGCUUCUCGGAAAAUUCUUCGAUGCGUCGCAGUACGACUUCGACUACCAAGAGAGCGGUCUCUGGUCCCCACCUCUCCGCCGGAAAGCCUUUCUCGAUCCUCCCGCCGGUAAUGUCUGCUCCGACGACGAUCACCUUUUCUUCAAGCUCAAAAACCACCACUCCAUCAAGCCCAAUUGGUCCAAACGUUUCUUCUCUUUAUUUGCUCAUGUUUUUUGGUGCACUAGAUGAAGACUGAAUUCUUUUAUUAAUUGAUGAUUUUUUUAAUUAUUAUUAUUACUUUUUUAAAGCUCCAUUUAUAUAUGUACCCUAUGUAAUUUGUGGUGCACAAUAUAUUAUUAAUAUGAUGAUAUUUUUCUUUUUUGAAGGUCCAUUUAUGUACCCUAUGUAAUUUUGUACCUACUCUUUUAAUUAAAGUAAGAACAAUAUUAUUCCUAA